AUGGGAGCUUCGGAGUCCAAGCUCGUCUUCAAGCAGGGCAUCUUCCGUCUUUCAGAGGAGAAGGACAUUCCUGCGGAUGAUCCCUAUUGGGCCAGAUUCUGGGAGCUCCCAGAGUCCUCAGAGGACGUCUUCAGCCUAUUCACACCUGCCGAUAUACGACGAAUUCGCGAUCAUGCCUUAUCUAACUUUGAAACCCUCUUGCUCUCAGUCACCUCGCGUCUCACCGUUUUGAAAAACCAUCCAUCAUUUCCUGACCCCGAACUCGCCCCCGACCGCGAUGCACUCAACUGUGUCCGCAUCCUCACCCGCCUCCUCCCCUUUGUUUACGAGGCUGAACACCUAGAGGAAUGGGAGGAGAAGUUUUUCUGGACUCGUCGCAAGAAGAGAACCAGAGAGGCGCAAGUUGCUGCGGAGGUACUGUUUGAUGAAGCACAGGCGGAGGACCUAGAUCAGACAGCCCCGCGAGCCACAGGUUUUGAAGAUGCGAAACCUUUAGCUGAGGAACUGAUUGACAACCUGCUGGAGCUCCUUUUCUACACUAACUUUACAAUUCCGCCGUUGCCUACCGCGAAGAGCAAGGUGUCGUACUCGAUCUGGCAGAGUGGGGUGGGUUGCAAUACGUCAAUGGGUUCUACAAAAGAGCUAGAGAACAACCGCUGCGAAAUCUUACGGUUAUUGCUUACUUUGACCGGAAAAGCAAUGUACAUGCCGUCUAGCGUCAAGGCUAUCACGUACAUGACGACUUGUUCGGACAAGCAGGUGGUACUAACUCUACUAUGCUCACUACUGAACACUGCUAUCAAGUACAACCCUGCUUCAUGGAGGGUGCCGUAUGAUCAUGUCGUUUGGAAAGACCCCAAGCAGAUAUUGGUCAUCUAUUGUCUGCAGUUUCUCCUUGUACUUCUUCUAUAUCCAGUGCCGGAAGAUGGUCGCGGAGCACCGCCGAAGAACUAUUAUCGACACUACUUCGGAAGAUUACAUCGGCCGCAAGACUUCCAGUUCCUUACUGAUGGCAUGACUCGAAUCUUGAAUCAGCCGAUGCAAGCGACCAACUCCUAUCUUCCAGGUAGCCAGAGAUCGGUCAAAUGGGCACCCGAGAUGCUCGUUCUGUUCUGGGAGGCAUUGCAAUGCAACAAGCGAUUCCGGUCCUUCAUCAUCGACUCGAACCGCUCGCACGACUUUGUUAUCCUCUGUAUAUUUUAUGCUAUCGAGUAUAAAUCAGACCCUUCUAAGCAGGGCGUCGUCAGGAUGUGCAUCUUCAUCAUGCAGACGAUGAGCGUGGAGCCCAAUUUUGGGCAGAGCUUGAAUACCAAGUUCGAGGCUCAGGAGACUCUUCCUCAGAGUAUCCGUAUCCCUGCGUUCCGGGGAUCUUAUGCUGAUUUUUUGAUCAUGUCCAUUCACACUUUGAUCACUGCCAGCAAAGGAAAGCUGAACACAGUAUACCCUGCGCUUUUGGCUAUCAUCAAUAACAUUGCCCCGCAUGUUGAACAUCUUUCUCCGAGCUCGUGCUCGAAGUUGCUGCAGCUCUUCUCAUCCAUGUCAGCGCCCAGCUUUCUACUGGCUAACGAGACGAAUCACACCCUUCUUUCCUCGGUCCUCGAGUCUAUCAACUCAAUUCUUGAACAUCAGUUUACCAAAAACCCAUUCCUCGUAUAUGCCAUUCUAAAGUAUAGAAAGCGUUUUGAGGCAGUGCGAGAAUUCACUCUUGAGAGCGGUCAACAAGAGAUAGAACGCCAGAAUGAGCGAAGAAAGUCUUCAAGCGGUUCGCAUGAAUUCGUGGGCAGUCCGGUUCUUUCCGCCUCAGAGGAAGAACAUCCGGUAUCUUCAGACACGCGUUCUCCAUUGGGUCGCAUACCAGAAGAAAAUAGUCCUUUUUCCAUUGGUGGAGAUGAGGAUUCGGAUGAUGAAGGAGAGGGACGGGACACACCGGCGCAGGAUUCGCCAUCAGUACAGACUUCUCGUCGACCUUCAAUUUCCUCUGUCAUUGAAGAAAGCGUUCCCCUUCAGCUGCGCGGCAUGUCUGAGAAGGCACGGGGCAAGAUGCCUGCUGGACAGCCGUCGUUCUCGCGGCAAAACAGCAUGACUAGUCAGAGUAGUCUUUCGGCGGCGUUUCCAACAUCUUCUAGCGGGUUCACGCCGACUACAGCAUGGCUCGAAUCCUGGUUGGCUGAAUUGCCACUCCAUACCAUUCUCACGAUUGUCUCUGCCAUUGCUCCUCAUGUUCCUGAGGCUGCGUUCCGAUCCGCUUCAAGCCCUGAAGCUCGAACCUUGAUUAGCAACCUGCCCUCGUUCUUGGAAGAUCCCGCAAUUCAUACCAUUGUUUCAGAGCCAUCGCCGGUCCGUGUUCAUUCAUUUGAGUGGUCCGCCCUUUCUAUGGGCUGGUACGAAUCUCUGCUCUGGGGAUUCAUUUUCUCGAGCGAAAUGGUGGUUGGCACUGCCUCGGGCGCCACGCCGGGCACGGUUGGUGUUUGGAACGGAACUAGUAUCAAGCUGUUCAAGGUCCAGGAGGCGGCAGCGCAAGGGCCCACAUUACUUGCUCCCAAGGGAGCUGUGGACGCCGUAGGAAGCAAUCUGGUCCAACGCAUUGGGAACUUGAGCUUCCGGCGGAGCAGCACACAGGAGUCUCAAACCAGCUCUCGCCCACCAUCGAUUCGGGAGGUCUGA